AGAAAACUGGAAGAGUGACAGUGGUGCGGAGAGGAUACUUUGUCCGGUAAAUAGCCAUGGCGUUUUCUCCGUCACCGCUCAAUUAUCAGACUAACCCAUCAUCGUCUUUGCAUUCUGUGUGCUUUCUUUUCGUACCAUCUCAAUUCCAUUCUCCCAGUAACAGUUUCAGAACUCUCAAAUUCAAACCUUGUUUUGCUCAUCAAGCAAUCAAGCUUGGCACCCAGGAGCCUAGGCCUGUGGAGGCAGCUAUUCAGGCUCCAAAGAGGAAGAGAAAGCCCAGGCCUAGCUUUCUUGAUCAUAUUCAGGAGAAAUGGUCAAGAAAACUCCCUUCAACUAUAGAGAAAUUUCCAUGGCAAGAAGGAGGAGGAGAAGGAGGAGAAGUGAAAAAGGAGCAGUCUUUUGGGUUUAUAGGAUCAGAGAAACAAACUGAUGAAAACCCACAAGUGGUAGAGAAUGACCCAGUAAGUUUCCCUUUACCGAGUCCCGUAAUUUCUGCUCCCUGGUCUCAUGGAAGCAAACCCAAUAAACCCUUUUUGAAUUCUGUUCCUGAAAUUUUGGACUUCGGCCCUAAAACAGGAGAUAGUCAACUUAAUGGUCUUGUUGGAGAUUCAAACAUUUUGGAUGACGAACCAAGUAAUGGUGUUUCUUCAAGUAAGAAUUUUGGGGUAUCUUUGGAUGAUAAUGGCGGUUCAAUUGAAAGAAAUGGUAGGGAGAGGAAGAAGAGGAGUAAUACUGAGAUGGCAGAGAAGAUGAUACCGGAGCAUGAGUUGCGGAGGCUAAGGAAUGUUUCAUUGAGGAUGUUGGAGAGGACUAAGGUUGGAGUUGCAGGGAUCACGCAGGCCUUGGUGGACCACAUUCAUGAGAAGUGGAAGUUUGAUGAAGUGGUGAAGUUAAAGUUUGAAGAGCCUCUUUCCCUUAACAUGAAAAGAACACAUGAGAUUUUGGAGAGAAGAACAGGAGGAUUGAUUAUAUGGAGAUCAGGCAGCUCAGUGGUUUUGUAUAGGGGAAUGACCUACAAUCUUAAUUGUGUUCAAUCAUAUGCUAAACAAAAUCAGGUGAAUGCUUUGCAUCACUCCAAUGAUCUGACCAGUGAUGCCACACAUAAUGGAGGGAACAACUCAGUUCAGUCUGUAGAAUCAUUCAUGCCCAACUCUUUGGAGUAUUUGAAGGGUUUAUCUAAAGAGGAACUUAUGGACUUGUGUGAACUCAACCACGUGUUAGAUGAAUUGGGCCCACGUUAUACAGAUUGGUUGGGACAUGAGCCAUUGCCAGUUGAUGCAGACCUGCUUCCUGCUGUCAUUCCUGGAUAUAAACCCCCAUUUAGACUUCUUCCAUAUGGGAUAAGACCUUGCUUAAGAGACAAUGAGGUAACAAAAUUCCGUAGGCUUGCACGGACAUUACCUCCACAUUUUGCCCUAGGAAGAAACAGAGAACUGCAAGGACUGGCUAAUGCUAUGGUGAAGCUAUGGGAAAGAAGUGCUAUUGCAAAGAUAGCCAUCAAACGUGGUGUGCUAAAUACACGUAAUGAGCGAAUGGCUGAAGAACUCAAGAAAUUGACUGGAGGAACACUGCUUUCUAGGAACAAGGAAUAUAUUGUCUUCUACAGGGGUAAUGACUUUUUACCGCCUCUUGUAACAGAGACACUGAAAGAGAGGCAAACAUUGACGAACCUCCAACAAGAUGAGGAAGAGAAAGCAAGGCAAAGGGCCCUGACCUUGGUUAAGUCAAAUUCUAAAGCUUCUAAAUUUCCAUUGGUUGCUGGCACUCUGACAGAAACAACCGCUGCAACUUCUCGCUGGGGAAACAACCCAAGCAGUGAAGAUUUGGAAGAAAUGAUGAGAGAUUUGGCUGUGGCACAACAUGCUUCAUCAAUCAGAUACCUUGAAAAGAAAUUAGCUGCUGCAAAAGGGAAGUUAAGAAAGGCUGAGAAGGCUUUAGCAAAAGUGCAGGAGCAUCUGGAACCAGCAGAGCUCCCAAGUGAUUUGGAGACUUUAACUGAUGAGGAAAGAUUUUUAUUUCGUAAAGUUGGUCUUAGUAUGAAACCCUACUUGCUCUUGGGGAGGCGUGGAGUUUAUGAUGGUGUCAUAGAGAACAUGCACUUGCAUUGGAAAUAUCGUGAAUUAGUAAAGAUAAUUGUGAAGGGAAAGAAUCUUUCCCAAGUCAAGCAUAUUGCAAUUUCUUUGGAGGCUGAGAGUGGUGGAGUGCUAGUAUCUUUAGAUAAAACUACUAAGGGCUAUGCAAUUAUUGUAUAUCGUGGGAAGAAUUAUGCACGUCCUUUAACAAUUAGGCCCAAGAAUUUAUUGACAAGAAGGCAGGCGUUAGCUCGGUCCAUCGAACUUCAAAGACGUGAGGCAUUGAAGCAUCAUGCCUCGGACUUAGUGGAAAAGAUUGAAUUAAUGAAGUCUGAACUGGAGGAAAUCAAAGCUGGAAAGAAUAUUGAUACAGAAAAAUUUUCACUGCCAAGACUGGAUGAUGCUUAUUUUUCUGAUUUGGAUGAUGAUGAGGUACAUGAUAAUCAAAGCUUCUCUGAGUCCAUAGGGUGAAGAGCAAGAUGAAUAUCUUGAAACAAAUGACAGUAAUAAUGAGGAUGGUUUUGAGCAAAACGAGCUGAUUCUAGAAAAAAGAUGAGUUUUCUUGAGUUCAGAAGACCAGAAGCAUGGUGCAUCAGUAUAUUGGCCCUGCAAAUUUUUAAGAAUUUCAACUUGCGGGACCAGUGAACAAGAACAAACGCACAAUGGUCAUAGAGAGUUCAGUUUGCCUUCUGAUGACAUAUUACACAAUGCAAAGAAAUGAUGUCUUUCAUGCUGGUAGCACGAGAAAAUGGUUGACUUCGGAGGGCAUUUUGAAUGUUGUAACCUUAUUCUGUAAAUAUACUGAUCCAGGUGAAUGCUAAAAUUCAUUAUUAUGGUGUUUUAUAGCUGUUUUAUUUCAAUUUUU